GAAUUUAAUUUUAUAUCCUCGCAAACAGAUUUCUAGGGUUUCUUCAUUCUCCGCUCGAUCCUCAAUUCAAUCCCUAUCAAUCCCCUCUCCAUUUCGAUCAUCGACCUCAUCGAUCCACGCAACAAUGGCGGAGCACCUGGCCUCAAUUUUCGGCACCGAGAAAGACCGCGUCAACUGCCCCUUCUACUUCAAAAUCGGCGCCUGCCGCCACGGCGACCGGUGCUCCCGCCUCCACAACCGCCCCACCAUCUCCCCGACGCUCCUCCUCUCCAACAUGUACCAGCGCCCCGACAUGAUCACCCCCGGCGUCGACGCCCAGGGCCAGCCGAUCCACCCCGAUAAGAUCCAGGAGCAUUUCGAGGAUUUCUACAAGGACAUCUACGAGGAGCUCAGCAAAUUCGGCGAAAUCGAGAGCCUCAACGUCUGCGACAACCUCGCCGACCACAUGAUCGGAAACGUCUACGUUCUGUUCAAGGAGGAGGAUCAGGCGGCGGCUGCGCUCAACGCGCUGCAGGGGAGGUUCUACUCCGGCCGUCCGAUUAUCGCCGAUUUCUCACCGGUUACUGAUUUUCGCGAGGCGACGUGCCGGCAGUAUGAGGAGAACAGCUGUAACCGUGGCGGAUACUGCAAUUUUAUGCAUGUUAAGAUGAUCGGGAGGGAGCUGAGGAGGAAGCUGUACGGUAGCCGCCAUGGCCGGUUUUGGGGAACUAGGAGCCGCAGCAGGAGUGUGAGUCCCUCUCAUCCCUCUCAUCCUAAGCGCGAGAGGGAAAGGGAGAGGGAUAGGGAAAGAGAGAGGGAUACUGAUAGGCGGGAUCACCACCGUGGUAGUGGGAGGAGGAGUGGUGGAGGUGAGCGGCAUGGGAGUGAGAGGAGAAGGAGGAGCAGGAGUCCGGUGAGGGAAGGGAGCGAGGAGCGUAGGGCUAGGAUUGAGCAGUGGAAUCGGGAGAGGGAGGAGAAGGGGCAGUGAUGCUUGUUGUAUUUGUUUAUUAUACUCCCUUUUGGCAUUGCAUACUUCCAUUUUGUGUCGCUAUGUCUUCUUGGUAGUUCGAUUAGUUAGACACUGAAUAUGCAGCUAUAACGUAGAACUAUGUUUCUUUUUCUGUGAGAUUAUGAUUGCGGGAUUAGAUAAUAUGACCAUUAGCAUUCUAGUUUGUUGACAAUGAAUCUUGUCACACUUUGGUACCUUGCAUUGGUAGUUGCUUUCAUGAGGUGUUGAUAUUCAUGCUCACCGUUGUUUCU